UUUUUCAAAUAAAUUAAGAGUUAAUUUUUUAAAGAUUUUAGUAAAUACUAUGAGAGGGAUUGAAAACUACAUUGUGGUAACUAGUUGGGUGCUACCAACAUGACCCAGAACCUUUCCUAAUACACACCCAAUACAACGCUUAAAAACGCAGCUUUUUUUCCUACCAAAUUUGAUUUCUUCGAUCAAAAUUAGCGUUUAGAAAAUUAUCGCAGCUCAAAAAGAUCGGAUGAUUUUUAUCCAAUUAUUAAUACUACACGACAAGCUUAAUCCAAUUGAUAUUAUCUUUGAAAGAAAUCAUGAUUUCAGCAUCCCCUUUGCUUAUCUUUAUUCUUGUCAAAAAAAGAUGAAAAGACAAAAAGAAAGGCUAAGGUGAUUAAUCUAAUUCCAACUUUAAGCAGGCCACAUGGGUUUCACGCGCUUGCCAUCUGAUGAACAAAAUCAGCCACCCAUGGCCAAAGGAAUAUUGGAAAUGGAAGAUACAGAUUAUGAUUCUUGGAUGAAGAGACAUCCUUCGGCGUUGAGCAUGUUCGAUAGGAUGAUGAACGCGGCCAAGGGGAAAAAAGUUGUAGUCUUCCUUGACUAUGAUGGCACACUUUCACCUAUUGUGGAUGAUCCCGACAAGGCAUUCAUGUCAGAGCCGAUGCGGUCUGCAGUCCGUGAUGUUGCUCGUUACUUCCCUACUGCAAUUAUCAGCGGAAGGCGUCUUGAGAAGGUGUAUGAAUUUGUACAGUUAUCUGAUGUUUACUAUGCUGGGAGCCAUGGGAUGGAUAUUAUGGCACCUCCAAAAUGCCUCUGUCGCAGUAUUACCAAGUUUCACACCAGAGCCAUUGGUAAAGGGGGAGCAGAGGUUGUACUCUUCCAACCGGCUAGGGAUUUCUUACCAAUUAUCGAGGAGGUGUUCAAGAUAUUAGAAGAGAAAACCAAGAGAAUACAUGGAGUUGUCUUAGAGAACAACAAGUUUUGUUUAUCUGUACAUUAUAGGCAUGUAGAACAGGAGAAUUUAGCUUUACUCACCGAGCAAGUCAAGGGCACCGUGAAGGGCUACCCCAGUCUUUGCUUAACUAAGGGUAGAAAGGUCCUCGAAAUCCGACCUUCUAUUAAGUGGGAUAAAGGGCAUGCAUUGGAAUAUUUCCUUAAUGGUUUGGGAGUUGGAAGCUCCAUUGAUACCUUUCCAUUGUACAUAGGAGAUGAUCGAACAGAUGAGGAUGCUUUUAAGGUGCUAAGAAAGAGAGGACAAGGUUACCCCAUAGUUGUUUCCUCUAUUCCUAAGGACACCAAAGCAUCCUAUUCCUUGAGAGACCCCUCAGAGGUCAUGUCCUUUUUAAGGCACUUAGCUAGAUGGAGGAGAAAUUCUUCUUGCAGUAAGUGGGACUCGAGUUGACAUUGCACUGGAGACAUACCAUAUGUAUAUUUCAUAGAUAAAUGAAAAAACUAAAACAAAAGUUGAGUAGAGAUAAAGCCACAACCAAUGAAAGGAGAGAAAGAUUUGAAAAUAGUAUUGUGACAAAUUUCCUGGGUGGUUGUUUGUUUGUUAGGAUUUUUGUAGCAGCAAUCAUGUGCCUUUUCAGGCUAGGCUUGUUUCCCUAAUACAUGUGUUCUGAGAGAUUUUGAAGAAAAGGUUCCUUGUAUGAUGUUUUACAUUA